AUUUUCUCGCGGGAUGCGUGGCAGAUGGCUGUUGCAUAUUCAUGUUUAGUCUCCUGGGCCAUAUAUAGCGCUGGUACUCCCUCUCAUUAACCGUUCAGAUACACAUCAUCGACGAUUCCAACUCCUUCCUCGUGUAACAGCCGAGGACAAUCUACGAACUUACCUAACUUAAGUGUUCGAAAUAAAACACAAUAGUUGGGACUUGCACAGCCGACGCUCAGAUGAAACCCUUCGCAUAGUUGACAAUUGCCACCCUAUCUGUAGUCUGAAGAACCCAAUCAGGCUACGAAACUUAGAACUCGUGAGUUCCUUGUUGGUUUACUCGUUCUGCUUUGGCAAGAUGGCAGCGCGCUCUGAACACGCAGCUGCUUAUACUGUAUACACAGUAGAAACCUCACUCUCUCUCUCUCCUGGUUGUCAUACCUACCUACCUCCCUAUCCAUCAUGGACAACCGCAAGAGAGGACAACCCAACAUCCCCGGCAACACCAUGAGUCCUCUACCAUCGGGUAUACCAGCCAUGAGCUUCAACAGGUUUGAUGGCGUCGAGUUUGACGACAUGGAGUUCGACUUCUAUUCCCAGCCGACGAUGAUGGAAAGAACCGACUCGGGCACGACCACCCUAUCCGGCGGGACGACCUUCAGCGAGGACAGCGGCUACGGGUCGCAACCGGCGUGCAGCAGCUACUACUACUACUCCCCGCAGAACGCGGGCUACUACGGCGACAACAACACCUACCACCAGUACGACGACCAGACGCAGCAGCAGCAGGAACAGUACGUCACCGGCACCGGGAGCCAGUACGAGGCGAGUCACGCCGCCCCGGGACCAGGCGGCCAGGCGCAGCAGUACACAACGACCCCGGAAGGCACGUACAUCCAGUUCAAGGAGGAAGACUUCUUCGCCGCCGCCGCCGAGAUUCACGCCAGUGGUGUCGCCCCUUUCUAUGGCCAAGACCAGCCCGGCCAGAGCCAAUAUACCGCCGCCGCCGCAGCCCAGACACCCCCGACCAUAUCGGGAGGGUACCGGAGCGCCCGGUACGCCGGCACAUCGCCUACCGCCGCGAGCCCGGCGGCCCAGGCCAAUCCCAGUCCCAGCCCCGGGCGGGCCGACGGCAAUUUGUCCUCCUUGGGCAGCACCAGGGCCGGCACAGCCGCCGCCGAAGCAGCAGCAGCAGCAGCAGCAGCAGCGAGCCAGGCUGGCAAGUUCCCGUGCCUGUUUGCCAACUGCCCGUCCAAGGCCUUCGGGCGUGCGGCGGACCUGGACCGGCACCUCAAGAUGGUGCACUUCAAGGAGACGCACCGGGGCACGCCGUGCGACUACCGGCGGUGCGGGCGGCGGCGGCAGCCGUUCCACCGGCUGGACCACUUCCGGGACCACCUGCGCGAGUUCCACAAGGAGGACCUGCCGCGCCGCGGCCAGGCGGAGGACACCCAGUGGUGGGCGUCGCGGGCGGCCAGGGCCGUCUACGAGGGCUGGUGGAGGUGCAACCGGUGCCUCGGCCGCGUGGCCGUCGGCGAGGACGGCUAUGUCUGCCCUGGGUGCGGGAGCCAUUGCGAGGUGGAGAGGCAGAGGGUUAGGGGUCUGCCGGUCGGGUGCGAUCAUGGGGGCGAGUGCGGGGGGGCGGAAUUCUACAGGCAUGACCACCUCAGGGCACAUCUUAGGGAGUGCCAUGGCGAGGACCUGCCGCUGCUGGCUCAGAAGGAGCAGAAUGACGCGGGGAGGGAGCUGGAUUCGGAGGAGUGGUGGCGGAGCAGGACGAUCUAUCUGGGGUGGUGGAGGUGCAAUCGGUGCAUGGCUAGGGUCGAGGAGGAGCAGUCUGGGUGGGAAUGCCCGGCGUGCUCGAAUCCCUGCGAGGAGGAGAGGGUUGCUGCCAGGACGAUUGUCGCCCAAUGAGUUGAGGGGUGGGAUGGGAAUGGUGUGGUAAGGCAGAUAAGGCGCUGAGGUUACCGAUUUCCCGUUCGCUUUUCUUCGGCUUUGGCAGACACCCGCAACUGGCAAGGCUGUCGUCCCCAGGUUCAGGGACCGACGAGCGGAGCUGUCUUCUUUAUGUUUCCACUUGGCCCCCAGUUUCGACCUAGCCUCUUGCGAGGCCCGAUGC